UUAGGCCCCUUUGCAGCCUCCUUUUCAACAGAUCAUCAUGCCGAAGCCUAAGAAGGGGAAGAAAAAGGUAGCUGCGGCUCCUUUCAUCAGUAAAAAGGCUGAGCCCAAAAAAACGACUAAUCCCCUGUUUGAGAAACGUCCCAAAAACUUCGGAAUCGGUCAGGAUAUCCAGCCCAAGAGGGACCUGUCACGCUUUGUGAGAUGGCCAAAAUACAUCCGUAUCCAGAGACAGAAGGCAAUUCUGUAUCAGCGUCUAAAAGUCCCCCCUCCCAUCAGCCAGUUCUCCAUGGCAGCUGAUCGUCAGUUGGCAACACAGAUCUUUAGAUUGUUGGACAAGUAUAGACCUGAGACAAAGCAGGCGAAGAAGGAACGACUGCGAAAGAGAGCAGAGGAGCGUGUUGAGGGAAAGCAGGACCGACCAACCAAACGACUGCCUGUUGUGCGCUCUGGUGUCAACACAGUUACUGCACUAGUGGAAUCCAAGAAGGCUCAGCUGGUCAUCAUCGCACACGAUGUUGAUCCCAUUGAAAUUGUUCUUUUCCUGCCAGCUUUGUGCCGCAAGAUGGGUGUCCCAUAUGCCAUUAUUAAAGGCAAGGCAAGGCUAGGUCGUGUGGUGCACCGCAAAACUGCUACCUGUCUUGCCCUGGCCAAUGUCAACCCAGAGGACAAGCCUAAUUUGUCAAAACUUACUGAAGCUGUCAAAACCAACUUCAACGAUCGCGCAGACGAGAUCCGCCGGCACUGGGGUGGUGGAGUUAUGGGUGCCAAGUCACAAGCUCGUAUCAGUAAACUGGAGAAGGCCAAGGCACGGGAGCUGGCACAAAAGAUGGGAUAAUCAGCCUUUGUGCUCAAUAACUCUGUUGUGCAUUGACUUCCAGAGAAAUACAGUUCUUGGUGAAAA